AUCAUGCUUCGAGUCUCAAGGUCAGUGGUUCUGCCAAACCGGUUCUGCCUGGCAGAUGGCAGAAUCCGGCAGAAUGUCAAACUAUGAUCACACCUCACACGGACAGUGGGAUGUGGACGUGCUGAUGUCUUCUAAUGGUGUUUUCUAGUGACAUAGCCUUGUAGCACUUUGAAAAUUUUGCCAGGGGGCAGAAGUGGUGGUUCUGCCGGCACAAUCAUUGCUCGCAAAUAAUUCUGCCCCCAGCACUAGCGCCGCCGCGCGCUAGGGUGUUCCGCCACGUAGGUCCCCUGUUGAAGGGUCAAGCCUAGUCAGACCAGGUCAGACCUUGCACAUCAAAUGGCAGGUGGGAGUCUUAGAUAUAAAUGUCGGCAACAUGAUCCCCCAGCAAAGAAAUACCUCUCAAGUCGAACACUGACUCUGAUAGUAUGUUGUCCCUUGUCAUUCUCGGAGUCCUGGUCUCCGUGGUUCAUGCCAAAUUCUACCCCACGUACCCGAACAUUGAGACAUGUGUCGGCCUCCCAGUACAGUACUCCUGCGAGAAUACAACGAUUGUGACGGAUUCAUGUUGCAAUGUCGUACGAGGCGGGCUUGUGUUACAGGCGCAGUACUGGAAUACAUAUACUGGUCUCGAGCUCCAGGCCCAACUGUUUCCAAAAAACAGCUGGAGUAUUCAUGGCAUAGUGCCACUCAACUGCGAUGGUACUUCGAUAGGCCAGUACUGCGAUCCUGGCAGGCAGUAUGACCCCAAGCCAUUGCCAUCAACCUUGCCCAAUGGAACGGUCAUUAAUCCUUAUAAAGGACCGAGUGUUAGAACAUUUAUCCAGGAAUUCGGUCGCUCCGACUUAUUGGAUUACAUGGAUACCUUCUGGAUCAACCAGGGCGCACCUAAUGAGGAUUUAUGGGCUCACGAGUACUCAAUACAUGCUACUUGCACAUCCGCAUUCGACGUUGCUUGCUACUACCCCGGAUACAAGAAACACCAGGAAGUCGUCAACUUCUUCGAGACUGCCGUAAAGGUUUACCAGAUGUAUCCUACUUACGAUAUACUCGCUGCUUCUGGAAUUGUUCCCUCCAAUAAAACGACAUACACCCGCGCACAGAUCACAAAUGCCAUUUACUCUCAAACUGGUGCCGACCCUUGGCUUGGCUGUUUGGAUAAUGGCACUGUUUGGAAGGAGAUCCGGUACUUCCACCAUGUUCUGGGCACAGAGCAAUUCGGCCACUUCAAGCCUCUCGACUCCAUUAUCUCUUCAACCUGCGCAGAAACUGGAAUAUGGUAUUAUGAACGAACUCCGACGUCCGAGAAGGCUGUCUCAGGUUAAGCCAAAUACGGGGGUUCAAUGUCACCUUUUUUUUUCCUUUUUUUAAAUUCCAGUUUCUGUCCUAUGGUCGCGCGUACCUUUAUAUAUGACAGUUACUGUCUACUAUCUUCUAGACUACAAGUUUAUGAUCUACCAUAGAGUACUCUG